AAGCGAACACUGUUGUUAAUAAAGUUGUUGAAGGAGGGGACAAGCCCCACUUCCGGUCGGUUUGACCUUCUUCCGCUCUGUGCUGCGAGGCCGCGCCGCCUGAGGUUUUAGAUUAAGAUACAGUUCAUCGAUUAACCAUGGAUUUUCAACAUCGAGCAGGAGGGAAAACAGGGAGCGGAGGAGUUGCUUCUUCUUCCGAAAGUAAUCGAGAUCGAAGAGAACGGCUAAGACAGUUAGCAUUGGAAACUAUUGACAUAAAUAAGGAUCCUUAUUUUAUGAAAAAUCACUUGGGUUCUUACGAAUGUAAACUUUGUUUAACUCUUCACAACAAUGAGGGGAGUUACUUGGCACACACACAAGGGAAAAAGCACCAGACUAAUCUGGCCCGGCGAGCAGCAAAAGAGGCAAAGGAAUCACCAGCACAGCCUGCCCCUGAGAAGGUUAAAGUGGAGGUGAAGAAAUUUGUGAAAAUUGGUCGGCCUGGUUAUAAAGUGACCAAACAGAGGGAUGCAGAAAUGGGACAGCAAAGUCUCCUAUUUCAGAUAGAUUAUCCAGAAAUUGCAGAAGGCGUAAUUCCACGCCAUCGGUUUAUGUCUGCAUAUGAACAACGAAUUGAACCGCCGGACAGACGCUGGCAGUACUUGUUGUUUGCAGCUGAGCCAUAUGAAACCAUUUCUUUUAAGGUACCAAGCAGAGAAAUUGAUAAAGUUGAGGGAAAGUUUUGGACCCACUGGAAUAGAGAAACAAAGCAGUUUUUCCUUCAGUUCCACUUCAAGAUGGAGAAACCGUUACAACCCCCAACCUUGCCUCUUGGACCACCUGGACUGAAGCCCAGACCCCCACCACCACCACUCAUGAAUGGCGUACCACCAAGGGGUCCAGUGCCACCAGAGGGAAUGCCAACCCCACGGCCAGCAGCCAUGCCCAUGCCGCCAAUGCCACCAGGAGGUCCUGUGCCACCUGUCCCACCACAACUGCCACCGACUCCGCAAGGCUUGCCCCCAGCCCCACAGAGCAUGCCGCCAACCCCACAGAGUAUGCCCCCAGCACCUCAGAACAUGCCUCCAACACCUCAGAACAUGCCCCCAACUCCCCAAGGCAUGCCCCCAACACCGCAGAACAUGCCCCCAACACCUCAGAACAUGCCCCCAACUCCCCAAGGCAUGCCCCCGGCACCUCAGAACAUGCCCCCAACUCCCCAAGGCAUGCCCCCGGCACCUCAGAGCAUGCCCCCAACUCCCCAAGGCAUGCCCCCGGCACCUCAGAACAUGCCCCCAACUCCCCAAGGCAUGCCCCCGGCACCUCAGAAUAUGCCCCCAACUCCCCAAGGCAUGCCACCAACGCCUCAGAGCAUGCCCCCAACUCCACAAGGCUUGCCCCCAACACCUCAGAGCAUGCCCCCGGCUCCGCAAGGAUUGCCCCCAACACCUCAAGGGCCACCUCCUACCCCACAGGGACCACCUCCAACUCCACAGGGCCCACCUCCAGCUCCAGUGCCUGCUCCAGGUUCUGCACCAGUUCCUGCUCCGGUUCCACCAAUGAUCAGGCCUCCACUGCCCAGUGAGUCUGCACCAAUAGCCACACCUCCCACCCCUCUCCCACCACCUGGCGUUCCUCCUCCUCCUCCUACUAACUGACCUCAGUGUUUUCUAAGAAUUUUUCGGCAAUGUAACUUUUGUAGAUUGGUCUUUAAUUGUUAUUUUGGUUGUAUCUAGGGCUCUUGCAAAUGUAAAAAAAAACUGCAAUACUUCAUCAUUCAUUAAAAACAUUUUCCAGCAA